GGAAGUGGGCGAAUUUGAAUUCUGCGAGCCGUUGGAUGGGGCCGUGCCGGGUGGGCGUAAAGCAGCGCAGCGCUAGACGCGGGCGGUCACGCAGCGGCCCAGGGACUUCUGCUCGGCGCCUGUAAAAUGAAUGAAAAUAAACCUGAUGACUCACAAAAUCUUGCUUGUAUUUUCUGCCGAAAAAGUGAUGACUGUCCCAAUAAAUACGGAGAAAAGAACACUUACGAGAAAUGGAAUUUCAGUGUCCAUUACUACUGCUUGUUAAUGUCAAGUGGAAUUUGGCAGAGAGGUAAAGAAGAAGAAGGAGUUUAUGGCUUCCUAGUAGAAGACAUUAAGAAGGAAGUCCAUAGAGCUUCUAAACUGAAGUGUGCAGUUUGCAAGAAAAAUGGUGCUUCAAUUGGAUGUGUUGUACCCAGAUGUAAACGAAGUUACCACUUUCCCUGUGGACUUCAGAACGAAUGUAUUUUCCAGUUCACUGACAAUUUUGCGUCAUUUUGCUGGAAACAUCGGCCAGUUCAAGCAAUGACAUCCAAUAUGUAUAGAGACUCUUUACCAUGUACCAUCUGUUUGGAGUUCAUCGACCCUAUUCCUACUUACAAUGUUCUGCGAAGCCCCUGUUGUAAGAAUGCUUGGUUUCACAGAGACUGUUUACAGGUUCAAGCAUUAAGUGCAGGAGUGUUUUUCUUUAGGUGUACACUAUGCAAUAAUACCGACAUCUUUCAGAAAGAGAUGUUGAGAAUGGGAAUUCAUAUUCCUGAAAAAGAUGCAUCCUGGGAAUUAGAAGAAAAUGCCUAUGAAGAUCUGUUACAGAGCCAUAACCGCUGUGAUGUCCGAAGAUGUCACUGCAAAAAGGGACGAGACUAUAAUGAACCUAAUAGCAAAUGGGAAGUAAAGCGCUGUCAGUGUUGUGGUUCUAGCGGAACACAUGUAGCCUGCUCCUCGCUGCAGUUAUUGGAACAAAACUGGGAGUGUUUGGACUGUAGAAGAAUCAGCUUCAGUGCAGAUUUCCGAAAGGCCCCCAAACACCCAUUAGCCAACUCUACUAAUGUGACAGUUACUGAUUGCCUGUUGGAAGAGCCGUCAUCUAAGCUCCCCAGACAGUCAGCUGGAACCCAUCAUAAAGAAUUACAGAGACUAAAGCAAGAUGUUCCGUUUUUAAGCGCACAGCGUCCCUCUGUAAAAAAGUCCUGUUUAACACCAAGGCAAGGCAGCAAGUUUAAGAGAGACAUUUCAACAAUAUUGGUAGAGUUAGGAUUCCAAAUUAAAAAGAAAACUAAGAGAUUAUGGAUCAACAAAGCCAAUGUGUGGAGGAGUGCCUUAGAGCAGUUCCAGAGUCAGAAGUUUAACCCUUCAUACACCAUUGAAGUAGUAUAUGUUAAUGAAAAUGAAAAACUUGGAAGAGAACAUCCUGUAUCAAAGCAGGAAUUUCUGAGUCACUUAAUGGAACAUCUUGAGAAUUCAUCUUUGUUUGAAGGGUCUUUGUCAAAGAACUUGGCUCUCAAUUCUCAAGCUCUGGAAGAGAACCUUUACUAUGAAGCUGGCAAAAUGCUUGCCAUUUCCUUAGUUCAUGGUGGUCCUUCUCCUGGUUUCUUUUCUGAGACUUUGUUCAACUGUCUUGUUUAUGGACCAGAAAAUACCCUACCAAUUGUAGAUGAUGUUUCAGACUUUGAAGUGACACAGAUUAUAUUCAAGAUAAAUGCUGCAGCCGAUAUGAACAGCUUGAAGUCAGCAAUAAAGGAGUGCUACAGCUACCUGGAGAGUAUUGGGUGCUUAAGACUCAUAACAACAGCAAGUGACAAGUACAUGCUGGUAAAGGACAUCCUUUUCUACCAUGUUAUUAAGAGAGUCCAGGAACCCUUGGCGAGUUUUAAGCAGGGUCUGAAAACACUUGGUGUUUUAGAGAAGAUUCAAGCUUACCCAGAUGUAUUUCAUAAAAUCCUCUGUCGUAAACCUGAGAAUCUCUCUGCAAAGACCCUUAGUGAUCUUUUCACAGUCCGUGGAUUACCCGAUGGACAGACCUUGAGGUUUUGGAACAGUUACUUACAGGCUGUAGAGGAUGGUAAAUCUACAACUACAAUGAAAGACAUUCUUAUUUUUGCAACCGGCUGUAGCUCUGUUCCACCCGCUGGAUUUAAACCCCUUCCUUCAAUUGAAUGUCUCCAUGUGGAUCUUCCUGUUGGAAACAAAUGUAGUAACUGUUUAGCUCUGCCGAUCACCAACACAUUUCAAGAGUUUCAAGAAAAUAUGGAUUUUGCCAUAAGAGACACUCUAAGACUAGAAAAGGAAGAAGGGUCUCGCUCAUUACCUUGGACAUAAAUGAAGAGAUGCUUCUUUAAAGGCUGCUAUUGAUAAAGUUAUUGCUAUUAAUCAUUGCUUUUGAACAUUCUGGCCAGCUUCUUGGCUCACUAAAAUUUAUAACUCUUUUAUAAAGGGAUGUUUUGGCUUCUGAACCACUGAGGGUUCGGUCAAGACAUUCUAGUAUCCAAUGAUAGCUUCCUAUGACUAUGCUUUCUUCAUAACUCCAAUAUGAAUCUUCUUUGAAUGGUUGUGCGAACUAUUCUGCUGUACAGGUGCUCGGCUAUAUUAGCAUGACGUAAGCAAUCCUGUCCCCUCGCCUUGUCAACUAGAUUCACCUUAUAGAAUGACACAGCUUUUGGAGUUUUCUUUUUUUUUUUUUUUCCUGUCUGUUUCAUUUGUUUUAUGUUAUUUGUUUUUCUCUAUGUUGUCUGGUUUUCCUGGAAUUGAUUCUGUAGAAAGGCUGUCAUAUUUCUAUAUUUUAAAGCAUUAGUAGAAAAGUUAGAAAGUCAUCUCAUAAAUCAGAGCUAUGGAUAUGCUUUUCUAGGAUUUAAGUUUUAAAUGUUUUUGUAUUAUUUUGUAUUUUGUGAACAAUACAACAAUUAAAUAAGGAGUAAUUGAAGGUCCUAUAUAAGAAGCAGAGCUAGACAAAUAAUCCUGGAGUCUGUGGGUGCUCCGCAGGCUUACAAGCACUGCUGCUGGGUCUUCAGUUGUACUUCUAAAUACCUUAGGAUGUACAUCUCAUUCUGUAUGUCUCGUGUCUGAAUAAUCUCUUGACUGUCAGGUUUGGCUAGAUUAUAGCUAUUUAUUAUCAAGAUUGUCUUAUGACUGGUAAGAUCUCACUGCAGCAUUCCAUAGUUAACCUUUGCUUUCAAAAGAUAACAUUGUAUAAGCAAUGAAUAAAUUAUAAUUUAAAACUACAAAUAGUUAAAAAAACACUCUAAUUUUGCCACAUAAAUAUAAGUAAUGUAUUUUGUAUAUUCUUUAUAAACUAUUUAUUUUUCAAUUUUUUAUUGCUUUGUGGUAGGGUCUGUCUAUAGUGCCCCACCUGUUAUAAAUUUGCAGUCCUCAUGCCUUAGUCACUUCGGUGCUGGGGUCAUGAUGUCUCCAAUGUCCCCGGCAGUGCUUAUCUUUCUGAUUGUGUGAAUGUGCCACGAGCAGCAGGGAAGCAUGUAAUUAAGUCAGUUCAAGGUGUAGAUAGUCUCUAGCAAGAUAUCAUGGCACAUACCUGUAAUCCAUGCUCUAGAGAGGCUGAGGCAGGAGGAUCAGGAGUGACAGAGCAAGUUCAAGACCAUUCUUAGCUACAUGAGACCCUGCCUUGACAAAUAAUUAAGCAGAGGAGCGCCUCAUAGUAACAUCUUUAUAUAUGUGGCUUUGCAAAUCUAGUACCCUAAUCUAUUAGGGAGGAUAGGGAAGACAAAGCCCCAAGUUUCAGUCCAAAAUAUUAUGGGAGAUUAAGAAAAAAAAUCAAAUUUUUCUUGAUGCACACAGCAGGUGUCUGCUCUUGGUCAUGUACUGUUAACCCCGGGAAACACCCUUAAAUAACAGGAUCUUAAUGCCAAAGGAAAAAACCCAAAUGUAAUCACAGUGUCAUUUUUGUUCGUUGCUUCAGAACCCUUCAAGUUGUACUUUACAGAACUAAUAAAGUUCCUUUCUUUUUUAAAACGA